AAAAAAAAAAAAAGCGACGGGGACAUGACGAAACAGCAUGAGCGGAGGACGGACAAACUAGGCUGAGAGACGGACGGACAGUCAGUCGCCUUGCCCCCCCUUCCCCUCCAACCCCUCUACUCCUCCUCCUCCUCCUCAUCCCCCCUCCUCCUUGACUGACACACACACACACACACAAUAUACACACACACACACACAGGCGCUUGGCACAGACAGGGACAUACAUGCACAUCAUCCACUUUUCUUUUUUUUUUUUUUUUGGUGUGCAAACACGCAGGCUGCGCAUCCGAGCGGGGCAGUAAUUGGGCAACCCGGAGAUCCACAGCAGCACAUGAGGGGGGCAUUUCAUGUCCAAUCCAGCCCAGGAAUCACUGUGACCCCGACGGAAAGGAGUUCGACUUGACAGGAUGGGGGGAGUAAGUGAAGGAGAUGAUGUGUUGGCUCGAUGGAGUGAUGGACUACUGUACCUCGGCAAUGUGAAAAGAGUAGAUGGAGUCAAGCAGUGUUGUCUGGUGAGAUUUGAGGACAACUCCGAGUUCUGGGUGCUGAGAAAGGACAUCCACUCGUUCGCUGCUGGAGUGGAAGAAGUUUGCUGUAUUUGUGACGCUCCACCUCUUAAAGAACCCCUCAUAAAUUGUCUUAAAUGUCGCCACGGUUAUCAUCCAGAGUGCCACACGCCAACCAUCGAACCGGAAGCUGACAGCGAUUCGUGGAUAUGUCGGCAAUGUGUCUUUGCCGUCGCGACCAAGAGAGGUGGGGCGCUCAAACGGGGACGUUUCGCCCGGCUCAUGCAGUUUAUGAAACUCCGGCUCACCUACCAGCUGUCGUCUUUAGACUGGGACCCGCAGCAUUUGACCAAUCAGCAACAGUGUUACUGCUACUGUGCCGGACCUGGAGAGUGGAACCUGAAGAUGCUGCAGUGUGGAAGCUGUGGUCAGUGGUUCCACGAGGCCUGCACGCAGUGUCUAACCAAGCCAUUACUGUAUGGAGACAGGUUUUAUCAGUUCCAGUGCUCAGUUUGUACAAAGGGACCAGAGACCAUCCAAAGACUACCCAUGACCUGGGUGGAUUUGGCUCAUUUAGUGCUCUACCAUCUCUCGCUGUGCUGCAAGAGGAAAUACUUUGAUUUUGACCAUGAAAUCCUGUCCUUCACCAAUGAGAAUUGGGAGUCGUUGCUCCUAGGCGCGCUCUCUGACACGCCAAGGCAAGACCGCUGUCACAAUCUCCUCAACGCUCUGAACUCCAACAAGGACAGGUUUGUCUCUGGGAAGGAGAUCAAGAAGAAGAAGUGUCUUUUUGGGCUUCAGGUCCGAGCCCCGCCACCGCUGACGUCCGACUCGUCGCCCCUCAUCACCGACCCACCUAUCAACAUCACGCACCGGAGAAGGUCAGACCCAUUGUCACUACCCUGCCAGAGGAGAGUUGGUGGGGCAGAGUCACGUAAAUCAAAGCGUCGCAUCAUGGAGACACAGGCCUGUCCACCUCCAGUUGCUGCCAACCCCAUUGAGCUACUGCCAUGUUGCCAUGGCUACAUGGGAGGGGCCAGCCUUUACAACUCCAGGAAGUCUGACGAGGACCUCAGUUUGAGCUCUCCUCCCAAGCGGAUGUACGCCCUGUACCACGCCACGUACAACGGAAAUACUUCACUCUCCAGGAGUCUCCAUCACUACAACAGCAUGGAGGACACCUGCAGAUUACCUCCACCCUGCUUCCCAUACCCCCUCAACUCCAAUGGCAGCCAUCACCACCACCAUCUCCACCACAACCACCAACACAACUACCAACACAACCAUCAACACCAGCCAGGACCGAAGCAGCUGGAGCCCGUCAUCCUACGUGAUCUGCCGCCUUACCAGACCGGAAUGGGCGGAGCAGGUGGAGGAGGAGGCAACGGAGGGGGAGGAGGAGGAGGCGGUGGCAGUGAUGGUGGUGGUGAAGGAGGAGGAGGAGGAGGAGGCGGGAUGGGAGUCGGAGGGGGGGACGGGACAGUGUCCAGGAGCUGGGGAGGAGGGGAGGCGGUGAGGAUCUUGGCGAGACGCGUCACGCCAGACGGGAAGGUGCAGUAUCUGGUGGAGUGGGAGAACGUGAGUUUGUACUGACACGAAGAGAGUAAACACGAGACGCAGUGACUGUUCUGCCGUCGCCACAGGAAUACUGUGUAUGUAACAUGUGGCAGUGUUUAAAGUACAAACAAAACAGAGAGGAAAAAAAAAAAUCCCAACACGUUGCAAAUCCAGGUUGCUCUCAUAGUAUCACCUCUAUUCUACACCAUUAUAGCUCACUACUCGUUACUAAAUGUCCCUCUUUGCUAGUGUUUCUCUGAUAUUUGUACUGUUAACUUUGGAAUAUGCCUUUGCAUUUAUCAUGUUUUACAGUGAUGAGGGAUGAUAUUUAAACCUCCUGACGAUUAAAAAAAAUCUUGGGGCUGCACAAAGAAGAACAUGACCUAAAUUGUAGUCAUAGUUUGGAAUACAGAACCGGAGAUAACCAGAAAUUAGAAGAGAAGAAAAAAGAAGAAACUGCUUUUUCAUGGAGCAAAACUGAGCUUUGAUAUGCGUUUUUAUUUUCCUUAAAUCAAACUAUAAAACUACUACAUUUAAAGGAAUAGUGCAACAUUUUCAGAUCUGUUAAGCAUAUGAAGAUAAAGCCAAGAGAUGGUCAGCUUAGCAUAAAGACUGGAAGCUGGCUCUGUAUAAAAGUAAAAUAAAAAUCUAAAGCUGACUAAUUAAGGCUGGUUGGAUUUGUGGUUACGAUCUGGACGAGACAACAGUAAAGUCACCAGCCAAGAAACAGUCUCAGCUGCUUCUCUCUGCUAAUAGUGAAUGUGAAUACUGAAUGUAUCUUAAUUUCUAAUGGACAGACAUGAAAGUUGAAUUUAUCUCUUUGCCAAACUUUUUGCAAAAAAAAACCCCAAUUCUGAUUAUUUCAAUUACGUUGGCAUACUAUUUUAAAAACAGAAUUUUCUUUGAAUUAAAAUGAUUUACAACACAUUGAAGGAUAAAGGUUAAAAACUAGCUACAUUUUGAAAUUUCAAUCACUGUAUUUCAAUGAUCAGAGUAUGAUCAUUUAAAUGCUGUUAACAUCACCUGCCCGGCUGUCAAAGAUUAUUUUCAAACCAAAUUCUCUCCAGUUGUAGUCCAUAAAUCUAAAUGACCUGACUGAAAUCACCAAACAGUGCUUAGUGGGUACUUUAAAUAAAGAAAAAGUUUACCCAGCAUUUGAUAUGAAUAUCUAAAGGGAUGAGUGAGAUAAACGCCCUGUAGCCAACGCCGCACUUCCAUCAGCCUUCACUUUUAUAAUUGCUCAUUCAUCAACUCAUGCUUAAUGUUCACGUGGAGUUCAGUGAAGAGAAUUAGCCCAGAAAUUAACGGUGAUGAAUGAUCCGUCGUCAGCGAGAGAGGCAUGGUGACAGCUGGGUGGUGGCUCCUGGGCUGCUCCCAUGAAAAAGCAGUACGUUUUUAAUCGGCCUUGUCUCGUACGGUAUUUUUGUCCACACAGAUGGUUGCUUAAUGCCUUGCUUGAGGGCACUUUGACAGC